GGAAAGUUGCAGAACACUGUCCGAGAGAGAUAGAGAGAGGAAGAGACCGACCUGUCUUAAGUCUGUCUAAAUUGUUCACCUAAAGUACUGAUGGAGUUUGUAACGGGAUACCGUGACUCUCUGGUUGAUUUUACCGACGCUAUGUUCCGCUGGUACCGAGCUUACCUAGUGGAACGGGGAGCCGCUGAGAGCCUGGCCGGGAGAGAGGACCGCUGCGCCGGUCUCCCGGUUGACGCGGCCAGCCCGCGGUGGAUUCUGCACGUCCUCGGCGGCUCCGGUACCGGGCAAGCACAGCCGCUGGACGAGCGCUUAUUGGAGGACAGCGAGGCUCUGCUGAGCGCAGACGAGCUGCGGAGCUACGUUUCCACGAGCAACACGCAGGGAGCGCCUCAGCCGCGGCUCCUGUUUGUGACUGACGAGCACGGCGCUCUCCUGGGGUUUGAGUUUGGGGAGUCCGGCGGCGGGGACGAGGGGCGCGCUCUGCAGGAGAUUAUCAGGGGGCUGCUGUGCCGCUGCAUGGAGACCCCGCUGAGCGGCGGGGAGCCCCGGAGACCGGAGAACCUGGCGGUUGGGGACGCGGAAGUGCACUGCUACCUCUUGCUCCCCCUGCUGCCUCUCUCUCUCUUUCGCUGCGUCUCCCCCUUCCCUCCGUACAGUGUGAAGUGCCGGGCUGUGUUUUAUUGCUCUGAAAAAUGCAAGAAAAUCGACUGGAAGAAGAGCCCUGAUGAUGUCAGUCACCAGAACUGGUGCUCCAAGCUGCAGAGCUACAUGUGUGCUCUUCGACACGACCAAGUGACCUCUGACACCUUCGACCAGGAGCGCUUCCUGUCCUCCAGAGCACUUAAUUGUGGGUACUGGGUGAAGCAAAGCAUGCUGGUCCAAGCCUUCAACUACGAGCUGCUGCCAUUCUGGGACCCUAGCACUGAGUGCACCCCCGCCUGCCUCCGAGGAAGGAUGAACCCUUACGAUCCCCUGAAGAAGGAAGGAAGGAUCCUGAUGCAGACUGUCCCAGUCGCGGGUCCCAGUGUCAAAGCACCUCUGGCCUCGUGGAGUGAUUAUUACAAGUGGCGCGGGUUCGAUCUCGACUCUCCCGUGGCAGCUCUGCUCUCCUACCCGCUGACCAUCUAUUACAUCAUCACCUCCCUCGCCCCGCGCCACUUCCCUGAGCUCAAUAUCCUGAAUAAGCAGUCCCUGAAGAUCCACAUCAUAGAGGGAGCGAAGGAGUUCAGCAUGCUGCUGGUGUUCUGGGAGCUGUCCGUCUUGCUGCCCCACGUGGCCUUUGAGAUCCACUUCGUGGGGGAGGCGCUGCCGAAAGAAGCAGACGAACAGCAGGCAAUCCUGCAGAGGAAGGAUGGUCACGUGACACUGGUGCACCCCAACUUUGUCUCCGAGGAGAAAACGGACAAGAGGAUCGUCCGGGUCAAAGGUUACUCCCGGCCCUAUCACAUGCUGCAGGGACCCAAGCCUGACCUUGUGAUUGGGUUUAACUGCGGCUUUGGACUCAGUGACACCUGGAUCAGCUCCCUACCCAGACUGCAGUCCCUGAGGGUCCCGGCCUAUUUCUCCGAGUGCAGUGAGUACAGCUGUGCCGUGAGUCAGCUAAGCAUGAGCACAGCGACGGGGGGCUCCGUCAGCGAGGCCGGGGUUAACCCCUUCCGCUCCCCGCUGCGCGUCGCCGGGGGUGACAACAACAUGCCGUGGUACUCCAAUGCUUUCCUCUUCCACCUGAUUUAUAAAGUCGCCCAGAACGGCAAACGUGAGCAGCAGCAAGCACAGAACCUACAGCGCCCUCACCUGGUCAACCCCCACAAUUACACCCGGCCCCAGCAGAGCAACCAUCCCACUGCUGGCAGCAAACCCAGAGGCUCCGAGGACUCUCCCCCCGACAGUGGCAAGCGGACGCGCAAGGAGAAGAAGCAGGCACGCAACGCGGGGCGCCGGAGGAAGCAGUGACUCAUGGGAACAGAGGAGGGGGGACGGGGGGAGGGGCGUAGAAACGCGAGAUCACAAGAAUAUUAUUUUUUUUUCUUUAAAUCAUAGAAACAUUUUAA